GUGGAGAAAGACGUACAGCAUGGGCCGCGCCUGCGCAGACGGGCUGUCAUGGCGGCUUCCUGAGUCUCCACGGUAUGCCUCAGGAAUAACGUGGGUCCAGCCAUGGAUGAGGUCACCUUCAAAAGUAACACCGUGCUGUCAGAUGUCCACCUGUAUACUCCGAACCACAGGCACCUCAUGGUGCGGCUGAACAGCGUGGGGCAGCCUGUCUUCCUGUCCCAGUUCAAGCUCCUGUGGAGUCGGGACUCUUGGACAGACUCAGGGACUGAGGACAGUGGUCUCAGAGAUGUCCCCCCACAGGAGGCGCCUCCUGCUGGGUCAGCCAGCCCCAGGUCCCCUCCUGGAAGUGGCCACAGUCAUGAGGGUUUGUCCCCCCAGGCCUGGGCUGACACCACGAGCCAGGAAGCUCCCCUGGACGAGGACGGGGACCUGGAUGUGGUGCGAAGACCACGGGCUGCCUCUGACCUCGACCCAGCGGAGCCUCCAAGAGACAAGGUACAUCCCAUGAUUCUAGCACAGGAGGAAGAUGACCUGACGGGAGACCAAGCACAGGAGAGCUGCCCCGACAGCAUCAUCAAAAUAGAGCACACCAUGGCCACGCCCCUGGAGGAUGUAGGCAAGCAGGUGUGGCGGGGUGCCCUGCUACUGGCAGACUAUAUCCUGUUCCAAAGGGACCUCUUCCAGGGACGCACGGUGCUGGAGCUCGGGGCAGGCACGGGGCUUGUCAGCAUCGUGGCAGCCACCGUGGCACGCACAGUUUAUUGUACAGAUGUCGGCACAGACCUCCUGGCCAUGUGCCAGCGAAACGUUGCCCUCAAUAGCCACUUGGCUACUGCUGGAGGUGGUGUGGUUAAGGUCAAGGAGUUGGACUGGCUGAAGGACGACCUCUGCACAGAUCCCAACGUCCCCUUUAGCUGGUCGGAGGAGGACAUCGCUGACCUGUAUGAUCACACUACCGUGCUGUUUGCAGCUGAAGUGUUCUACGAUGAUGACCUAACCGACGCCCUGUUUAACACGCUUUCCCGACUGGUGCGCAGACUGAAGAAUGCCUGCACAGCCAUCCUGUCAGUGGAGAGGAGAUUCAACUUCACGCUGAGACAUUUGGACGUCACGUGUGAAGCCUAUGAUCACUUCCGUGCCUCCCUGAACGCUCUGGAGAAGCUGGCUGACAGCAGGCUGCGCUUCAUGGUAGAGCCUGUGGAGGCCUCCUUCCCACAGUUGCUCAUCUACGAGCGCAUCCGGCAGCUGGAGCUCUGGAAGAUCAUCGCAGAACCAACAUGACCUGUGGCCUCUGCAAGGUGUGGACUCUUGACUCUUCUCUUAAUAUAUUUCUAAUAAAACUGAAAGUUCACCAAA